AUGACUCCGAAGACAUCAAUCCGCAAAGAAGAAUGGGAACGUAUCUUGCAUGAGGUGCAAGUUUCCAAAGAUGAUUUGAACCGCCUCGUAAUGGACUACCUUGCUACCGAAGGGUACAAACCCGCAGCAGAGGUCUUCAGUCAAGAAGCCGGUCUCAAACCACCCGUUGAUUUCGACAGCAUCGAGAGUCGCAUGGAGAUUCGAGAGGCUCUUCAGCGAGGUGAUGUCGAAGAAGCUAUGGCGAAAGUCAAUGAUCUUGAUCCAGAGAUACUCGAGACACGACCAGCGCUUUAUUUCCACCUCCAACAGCAGAAGCUGAUAGAACUGAUCCGCCAAGGCCGGGUGGCAGAUGCGCUUCAAUUUGCACAAGAAGAGUUGGCGUUACGAGGGGAGGAAAAUCCAGAGUUCCUUACCGAAUUGGAGAGAACCAUGGCUCUUCUCGCAUUUGAUUCUUCGCCGACAGCUCCUCCAGCGAUCGCGGAGCUAUUGUCACCUGCACAGAGGUUAAAGACGGCUGGUGAGGUCAACGCUGCUAUUUUGGAAAAUUCAGGGCAAGGGAAAGAAGUCAAGCUGAUUCUUCUCCUGAAGCUUCUUUCGUGGGCAGAGCCGCUGCUGGAAGAGAAGGCGGACUUCCCCAAGGUCGAUCUUCGUGCGGGGUUACUGACCGAACGCGACGUCGAUAUGAGUGGUUCUCGAGUGCGAGGCGCGCAGCUCCCUGGUGUAAAAUGGCUGCAAGAACAUGAGGAAAGCACAUGUGUGCUUGGAGACUUGGAAGAGGAGCGUGCAGGCCAAGAGAGCCUGGUUGUCUCCAACCUCGUUUGUCCCAAACCACAUCGUUUCUACGUCUCCUCCUCCUCCUCAUCUCGCAAAGGACCAGGCAAGGUCUCGUUGCUGCACAAGCCUGCCAGUUUUCUGCCCGCUCGUAUACCAGCUAUCGACCUUGGGCUGGUCGCCAUGUCGGAAUCCGACGGUCGCAAGCGCAUCAGACAUCUCUUUAUCGCAAACCCCGACGUGGAAAACGACGACGACAUUCCACCAGUCCAGUUCAAGCCCCAGCCCCAGACGUACCCUUAUGUAUCGCCGGUCACCUCACCAUAUCCGCCGGCACGUCCAACGCCUACGGUGGACACUAAUCUGCCCUCAGAUUCUAUCUCACGAGCCCCAGCGCACCCUGGUCUUUCGUCCCCAUCUAGCACAAGUUCUCCUGCAGCCGAAUCUACUCCUCCACGCACGCCUGGAAACCUUGGCUCUAGCGGCGAUUUUGAUAAUCAUGGACCUGACAGAGACUUUGCGGCGCGAAAGCAAUUCAAGCCCCCAGCCGUUAGACCGCUUCGCAAUGUAAAUUCUCCCACAGUGGUUGGCUCUGAUUCAAGUACCAAUUCAACUAUCACCGUGGCUGAGAAGGUCAUUAUCGUCGUGACGCCAGAUGCCGAACGUUAUUACACUGUCGAUAUUAGUGGUGCAAAGGAUCCAGCUUUUAUCAAAGAGAGGAUAUUUACCAAGCUAUCUAUCUGGGAGGAAGAAGAUCAAAAACAAUUCUCUAUAUGGGUAACGGAGAUUGGAGCUUACGCCCUUGGGGACGCAUUGAGCGAUGAACGUUUGUUCGAGCUUUGCCGAGAGCGUGGGGAUUCCAAAGGUUCACUCAAGCUUUUGGUGUCCUAUUCGUCUGCUUUGGUUCACGAACCGGUAGCCCAGCUCCACCCCCCCAUCUCGUAUAGUCCCAACCCAAUCCCGCCGCCCGUCCUUCCACCCAACUUCACCGACACCGCCCCUCUGAGACCAAAGCGUCGAUCCCGUUCGCGACAAGGCAGCUUAUCUUCGACCAGUGAUCCCCGAAAUGGUUAUGAAGCAGACCUCGACAACCCAGAUUGGGAUAGCCAUCGAGCAACCAUGCGACCGCCCCCUCAUCAGCCGUUCGCACCUCAAUCGACACCGAACCCUCCUUCUCCUCUGACCCGACGAUCGAAUGGUACCAACUCAAAUCGCGCUGUAUCCCCUCUACCUCGACCUCCUUCACCACCUCAAGACCGCAGGCGGCCCUCUACUGCAGACGUUAGUCCGACUUACGGCGAACAUUCGACGUAUGGUCCUCCAGUCCCCCCUCCCCAGUCCCCUAGUCGACCCUCAUUCACUGACGAACAUACCUUGGCUGUCCCACCAAAACGCUUACACGGACGAUCUGGAUCUGAUGCUGCCGCUGAACGUGAGCAAGCUAUACAAGCAAGCGAAGACCAUAAACAGAAUACGUCGCGGUGGCAUCAUCAGCUUCACUCUUCUAAGAGUCGACCUGAUCUCCAGUAUAAUAAACGACUACCUUUGGAGAACGACGACUGGGUUCACGUAGACCCUACCAGAGAUAUUACCCGAAGCUCGCCCUCAAUACCGUUCUCUGGGCCACAACUCUCUCCGGUACGGGCCAAAAUACCUUCGACAUUUGCAAACCGUUCCGUCUCCGGAAUCAAGAUCCCGACUCCCCCUCGACUUCCACCCCCGGCAGUACCACCAACCAGUAAUUUCGAGCCUCGCUAUCCUCCCCAAGGUCGUUCGGUGGGUAGGAAUGCCGCCAAUCCUCAGUGGCCGGCGCCAUUUAAAGAAGAAAUGGGUGGACAGAAAGCCAUGAUUACAUCAGGUCCUCACUGGAAGCGAAUGCUGAAGGUAGCUCGAAGUGUAGACAACUUGAAAGCCUCCGGUCACCCGCCCAGUAUGCGCCCAGGGUUAGGUCGGCGCCCAGAUCCAGCAAGUCGACUUGGUAGUGUUGGUAGUUCGAGUAAUCCUCCUCCCCUUCCGAAGCAUCAUCGUCCGCUUCCUGUGCAAGCUUCCCCUCACUCGAACUCCAUCGACUUUAGUCACUACUCAAAUUUCACUCCUCCUUUGCCCUCGGCGGGUUUAUCUGCCUCCUCAACCGAGCCAUAUCCUCGACCGCAGUCCGCCAUCGGUGAACAUCCGAACUCUCCUUCUCUUCGGUUCCAAGUACGGAUGCAAUCCCCCACCUACACCAACAGCCACGAUCCGAUACCACAAGACAUACUUCGUUCUCCGCGUGCUAUCUCCCCCAUUCGUUCUUACCCAUCUGCCGGCGGCUACGGAAGCAAACCUUCCACCAAUCUUGUUGAACGAUCUAGUGACAGGCACCAUGGCUCUGAUGUACACCGGACACCUCCACGCAGCCCUACGAGCCCAAUGAGUCCACGUCGGCCACCUACCCGAGAAAGACGUCCUGAUGUAUCAGCCUCAGAAUCUAGCACAUUAAUUCCGGAUGAAGACAACAGGGCAACGCUCACUGUGGACGCCCAACGGGUGUUCGCUCAAUAUAUGAAGAACAACAAUAGCGAGGCAACUUUGCUUGUGCGUCCCAGGAACGAUGCCGAUGUCCCUACAUCUCCGCUCCCGCCGAAGACUCCAUCAGAUGUUUCCAAGCUAUCGCCACCCCUCCUUCAAAGUCACUUACCUUCUGAUGAAUCUGACAGCGAUCGUGAUGAUUGCGGCACCUCCUUGUCGAUGUGGGCGAAGCCUCCUAUGGUUGAUAAUCCGUCGAAAUCAGCUCGAGGUCCCGCGUUGAAAGUACAGAUUCAAAACGAUAAUGGCAGCACCUCUCCUGUAUCAGUGCCCAGUACAGCCUCGGACAUGUCAUCGGCCAUACGUUCUUCAGCUCCGAAGAUGACGCCCUUGUCAAGUCGCUCUCCGUCGCCCAGACAUGCAGGACGUGGAAGUACUUUCAUUGAUAUGCGUGACUACACUUGGGCACCCCGACCGCCACCUGAAGACGUUUACGACCGACUUGAAGAUUUCUUCCCGGAACAUGACCUUGACAAACCAGUCAUUGAAGCUAGUUCGGGCGGCACGUCACCAACAGCUCCAGAAUAUCCGCCCGUACCACCUCUGCAGAUCAACGAUAGAGGAAGGGUGAGGAGUAAGAAGUCCAUCCGAAUUGUUGCCGAAGAACAUAAGAAACGCGCUUCGCGCGCUGCCGCCGCUUCUCAUACGACUAUGUCUCGUAAGAGAAGUACGAAAUUAUGGGGCAGUCGCGUAGAGGAAGUGACGACUCUGCACGCCGCGAAAGCAAGUCUCGGGGCCAAUCUUCCCGACUCACCUCCUGGCGGGCCAAAUUCAGCGACCUUCAAAUGGGUUCGCGGAGAACUCAUAGGAAAGGGUACUUACGGUCAAGUCUAUCUUGCCCUAAACGCGACCACAGGAGAGAUGAUGGCAGUCAAGCAAGUCGAAAUACCACAGACUCUGAGCGACAGGAAUGAUACACGCCAAGUGACGGUUGUUGAGGCCCUUAAAUUCGAGAGUGAGACGCUGAAAGACCUCGACCACCCUAAUAUCGUUCAGUACCUCGGUUUUGAAGAGACGCCAUCAAAUCUCAGCAUUUUCUUGGAAUAUGUUCCUGGUGGAUCAAUUGGAAGCUGUUUGCUGAAACAUGGAAAGUUCGACGAAGAAGUCACCAAGUCGUUCACGGGUCAAAUUCUUGAUGGUUUGGAAUAUCUUCAUUCAAAGGGGAUACUGCAUAGGGAUUUGAAAGCGGACAACAUCCUUGUCGAGAAAUCGGGUGUGUGCAAGAUAUCAGACUUUGGAAUAUCCAAACGCACAGACGAUAUGGGCGGCGCCAUGACGGCCAUGAAAGGAACAGUUUUCUGGAUGGCGCCAGAGGUUAUCAACUCCCAGAAGAAAGGCUACAACUUCAAAAUCGACAUCUGGAGCAUGGGAUGUGUCGUUUUGGAAAUGUGGGCAGGUAUGCGACCCUGGAAUGGCGAUGAAGUUGUCGCGGUGAUGUUUAAGCUCUACCAAGCUAAACUUCCGCCACCAGUCCCUGACGAUGUUAUCUUGUCCCCUCUAGCAGAUGACUUCCGAAGGAAAUGUUUCGCAAUCAAUCCGGAGGAGCGUCCCACUGCCUCGGAAUUGCGAAGGCAUAAAUACCUCACGCUCCCAGACAAUUGGGUUUUCACCGGGUUUACAUGA